UUUGCUUCAAGUGAUAGGCCAGGCAUUAUCAACAGUUACCACCACCGAAGGGAGAUUUCGAACACUCAGCGGAGAGAUUGCAGCAUGGAGGAUGAAAACCAGACUCAACGAGAGUUGCUGAAGCGUUACAUUCUCCAGCGACUUCAAGACCGUGUGCAACAUGUCCUGGAGAGACAGCCUCUGGACACAGAUUAUCUGCAGUUUGUUUCCAGGCAGGAGCUUGUAAUAAUCAGCGCCCUGGCUAAUAUAAUAAACAUUUCUGAUGAUAUUAUAUCAGCGCUUACACAUCUAAAUAUUGCCAUACAGCGCCAGAUGGAUAGUGAAGAGGUGUGUGUUACAGUGGAUGUGGAAAGAGGUGGUGGACGUGGACGUCCAAAAUUGACAAUUUCAACAAACACUCUUAUCCACCUUAUUGAACUUGGUCUCCCUUUAAAAUGUGUAGCCAAUAUAUUGGGAGUGUCUCGAGCAACAUUGUGUAGAAGGAUGGCUGACAACAAUUUGUCAGUUACAGCACUGUACAGCACUUCUACCGAUGAAGAGCUAGAUGUUCUCGUGACAGAAGUGAAGAAUUCUUUGCCAGAUGCCGGAUACAGAAUGGUCCGAGGGGCUCUCCUUGCAAAAGGGCACCGUCUUCAGUGGGACAGAGUCGUUGCAUCUAUGCAUCGUGUGGACAGUGUUGGUGUCCUGUCAAGAAUGACCAACCUAAGGUGCAUUGCUCGAAGAACAUAUAGAGUUCCUUGUCCCAAGUAUAUGGUCCAUGUUGACACCAACCACAAACUCAUCAGGUACAACAUUGUAAUUUUUGGAGGAAUAGAUGGUUAUUCAAGAAAGAUAAUGUACCUAAAGGUAGAGAACAAUAAUCGCUCUGACACCCAUUUGACAAUCUUCAGCGAGGCUGUAAAUGAACAUGGCUUUCCACAGAGAGUGAGAGGUGAUCAUGGAGGGGAAAAUGUGGGAGUGGCCCAGCUAAUGUUUUCAGUUCGUGGAACUGACUAUAAUAGCUUCAUUGCUGGUAAAAGCGUACAUAAUCAGAGAAUAGAGCGUCUGUGGCGUGAUGUCUACAUUGGAGUUACAAGUGUUUAUCAAAACAUCCUGCGCACCUUGGAAGAGAAUCACCUGUUAGACAUCAGCAACAGCAUCCAUUUAUUCUGCUGCCAUUUCGUUUUCCUUCCACGCAUCCAGGCAAGUCUGGAUGACUUUUCUGAUGGGUGGGACAACCAUCCCAUGAGGACUGAACAAAAUCUCACACCCAAUCAGUUGUGGCAAGUUGGUCAGCUCCAAAACCCAACAAUGGAUCCUGAGAUUGAUGUCAUGCCAGACAUUGAAUGGGAAAACAGUGGAUACAGUGAAGAGCCAAACCAGGGAGUCAACGUUCCAGAGCUAGACAUUCCAUUAACUGACCGUGACAUAGAGGAACUUAAACAAAUGAUUGACCCACUGCAGCACUCUGAUUGUUUUGGAGUAGACGUAUAUCUUGCAACAGUUCAGUAUGUGGAGAGCUUAACUGAAGUGAGGUAGUCAGUGAGAUGAAAUUUUAUAUGUGUAGCUGAAAGGAUGCUUUUUUUCC